AUGUUUCGUUUCUAUAAUACAUCAAGAGCGAUUUAUGGUUUAAACAGAUUAAUUACCAAUCAAAUUGGUAAACGAUGUCAAUCAUCAACAAUAGCAAAUACUGCCCUAGAACCAAAUACAUCCAAAAUGUCAAUUUUUAGUGGACAUAUAAAAGGAGCAAUUACAAAUAAUUUAGAGAUUCUUCGUCCAGAAAAUAUAACACCUCUUCCAAUUUAUCAAGUUCUUGAUUCGGAUGGAGCUAUUAAAGAAAAAAGUCAUACACCAGAAUUUACUGAUGAACAUUUAGUAAAAAUGUAUCAAGAUAUGACUUUACUCAAUGUUUUGGAUCGAAUUUUAUAUGAAUCACAACGACAAGGUCGUAUUUCAUUUUAUAUGACAAAUUUUGGUGAAGAAGCAACACAUAUUGGUAGUGCUGCUGCUCUUAAUCCAAAAGAUCUUGUCUAUGGUCAAUAUCGCGAAGCCGGUGUUCUUAUGUAUCGCGGAUUUAAAUUACAUGAAUUUAUUGAUCAAUGUUUUGGUAAUGCUCGUGCAUCUUGUAAAGGUGUUCAAAUGCCAGUACAUUAUGGUUCGACUAAUCUUAGUUUUGUAACUAUAUCAUCAACAUUAGCAACACAAAUGCCGCAAGCUGUCGGUAGUGCUUAUGCAUAUAAAAGAGCACAAAAUGGUUUAUGUGUUGUUUGCUAUUUUGGAGAAGGUGCAGCAAGUGAAGGUGAUGCUCAUGCUGCUUUAAAUUUUGCAGCAACUCUUGAAGCUCCUGUAAUCUUUUUCUGUCGUAACAAUGGUUAUGCUAUAUCAACAACAACGAUUGAUCAAUAUCGUGGUGAUGGUAUUGCUAGUCGAGGACCAGGUUAUGGUAUGGCUACAAUACGUGUUGAUGGUAAUGAUAUAUUUGCUGUUUAUAAUGCAACAAAAGCAGCACGUGAAUUAGCUUUGAAUGAAAUGCGUCCAGUAUUAAUUGAAGCAAUGACAUUAAGAGUUGGUCAUCAUUCAACAUCAGAUGAUAGUUCAGCUUAUCGUUCCAUUGAUGAAGUACGUACACGUGAUAAAAAAGAUAAUCCAACAUUACGUCUUCGUAAAUAUAUGUAUAAACGUGGUUGUUGGGAUGAAGAUAAAGAAGAAAAAUGGAUGAAAGAUUCACAAAAGAUGGUAAUGGAAGCAUUUGCCAGUUGUGAAAAAACAAAACGAGCACCAAUUUCAACAAUGUUUGAAAAUAUUUAUGAUAAAGUUGAACCACAUUUACAACGUCAAAUGAAAGAAAUGAAUGAACAUAUUCGUCAAAAUCAUGAUCAUUUUCCAUUAUCAUUAUAUGAACAAUCAUCCACAUAA